ACAACGAUGAAGUCAGUAUGAUGUCAUUCCAUAUGGUCCAUCCUCCUGUCUCAAAGUGCUGUAAUUUUCUUCUACCACCGGAAAUUUGACUCGGGAGAGGAAUGCAGGACCCGUAGCCAGUUAUAAUACACAACUUCUAUCAGCAGCAACCCAGUCAGACCAUGGCUGGCUUCAGACAAGAGGAUGUGGAGGCGUUCUAUGAUAUGGGAGAGGAGCUAGGGAGUGGACAAUUCGCCAUCGUACGGAAGUGUAAAGACAAGAGUUCUGGCUCGGAGUACGCCGCCAAGCUAAUCAAGAAGCGUCGUCUGUCGUCCAGCCGUCGGGGCGUAAGCCGUGAGGAGAUCGAGAGGGAGGUGAACAUUCUGAGAGAGAUCCAGCACAGCAACAUCAUCACGCUGCACGACAUCUUCGAGAACAAGACGGACGUCAUCCUCAUCCUGGAGCUAGUGUCUGGAGGGGAACUAUUUGACUUCCUGGCAGAGAAGGAGUCUCUAACAGAGGAGGAGGCCACACAGUUCCUCAAACAGAUCCUGGACGGGGUCUACUAUCUACACUCCAAACGCAUCGCUCAUUUUGACCUGAAGCCAGAGAACAUCAUGCUGCUUGAUAAGAACGUCUCCAACCCCAGGAUCAAACUCAUCGACUUUGGCAUCGCUCAUCAGAUCAAAGCUGGAAAUGAGUUUAAGAAUAUCUUUGGAACGCCAGAGUUUGUUGCUCCAGAGAUAGUCAACUAUGAACCACUCGGACUGGAGGCUGACAUGUGGAGUAUUGGAGUUAUCACGUACAUUCUUUUGAGUGGUGCCUCUCCGUUCCUGGGGGAGACCAAGCAGGAGACUCUGACCAACAUCUCUGCUGUCAACUAUGACUUUGACGAGGAGUACUUCAGCAAUACCAGUGAGCUGGCCAAGGACUUCAUCAGACGCCUGCUGGUCAAGGAUCCCAAGAAGAGAAUGACCAUCGAUGACAGCCUUCAGCAUCCCUGGAUCAAGGUGAUCAAGAGGCGGAAUGUGCGCCAGGAGGAGAGCGGGAAGAAGCCGGAGCGCAGGCGCCUGAAGACCACGCGUCUAAAGGAGUACACUAUCAAGUCCCACUCCUCCAUGCCCCCCAACAACACCUACGUCAACUUCGAACGCUUCUCCCAGGUGCUGGAGGAGAUCGCUGCUGCUGAGGAGGGGCUAAGAGACCUGGAACAAAACCAGAGGUCGUGCCGGGAGGAUGUGGCUGCUCUCCUGUCUAUCUACGAGGAGAAGGAGGGCUGGUACAAGGAGGAGAACCAGAGCAUCGCCAGCGACCUGGGUCACAUCCGCCAGGAGCUGCAGCGUACCCAGGCCCAGCGCAGGCAGAGUCAGGAGGAUGCCCGCGCCACCAUGCUGGCUGCUAACGCCCUCAAGAGGAAGUUUGGCCGUCUGGAGAACCGUUACGAGGUCCUGGCAGAACAGGUGGCGUCGGAGGUGCUCUGGGUGGAGGAGCUGGUCAGGGGGAUAGAGAAGGAGAAGGACAGCCUCGUCAUGCCCUGAGGCCAGCCUGGCUUCUAGUAUCACUGACCUGGUCAUGCCCUGAGGCCAGCCUGGCUUCUAGUAUCACUAACCUGGUCAUGCCCUGAGUUUGGCCUGGCUUCUAGUAUCACUGACCUGGUCAUGCCCUGAGUUUGGUCUGGCUUCUAGUAUCACUGACCUGGCCAUGCCCUGAGGCCAGCCUUGCUUCUAGUAUCACUAACCUGGUCAUGCCCUGAGGCCAGCCUGGCUUCUAGUAUCACUGACCUGGUCAUGCCCUGAGGCCAGCCUUGCUUCUAGUAUCACUGACCUGGUCAUGCCCUGAGGCCAGCCUGGCUUCUAGUAUCACUGACCUGGCCAUGCCCUGAGGCCAGCCUUGCUUCUAGUAUCACUGACCUGGCCAUGCCCUGAGGCCAGCCUUGCUUCUAGUAUCACUGACCUGGCCAUGCCCUGAGGCCAGCCUUGCUUCUAGUAUCACUAACCUGGUCAUGCCCUGAGGCCAGCCUGGCUUCUAGUAUCACUGACCUGGUCAUGCCCUGAGGCCAGCCUUGCUUCUAGUAUCACUGACCUGGUCAUGCCCUGAGGCCAGCCUUGCUUCUAGUAUCACUGACCUGGCCAUGCCCUGAGGCCAGCCUUGCUUCUAGUAUCACUGACCUGGCCAUGCCCUGAGGCCAGCCUGGCUUCUAGUAUCACUGACCUGGUCAUGCCCUGAGGCCAGCCUGGCUUCUAGUAUCACUGACCUGGUCAUGCCCUGAGGCCAGCCUGGCUUCUAGUAUCACUGACCUGGUCAUGCCCUGAGGCCAGCCUGGCUUCUAGUAUCACUGACCUGGUCAUGCCCUGAGUUUGGCCUGGCUUCUAGUAUCACUGACCUGGUCAUGCCCUGAGUUUGGCCUGGCUUCUAGUAUCACUGACCUGGCCAUGCCCUGAGGCCAGCCUUGCUUCUAGUAUCACUAACCUGGUCAUGCCCUGAGGCCAGCCUGGCUUCUAGUAUCACUGACCUGGUCAUGCCCUGAGGCCAGCCUGGUUUGGUACAGACACCGGUCUUACAUACCAGCUGUCAUUAGAUUCAGAACAAGGGCCCAGAGUUUUUCUGGUGAGGGAAAACUCUGGCCCCUGGUCCUAAGUCAUGAUGCUACACCCCCUCAGACAUUUGAUUAGGAAAAAUGAUCCCCCUUCCCCAUCUUCCCUUUCUAAUGAGAGCACCAACAAUUUCCCUCCCUACUAUGAAUACAUUUAAUCAACAAAAUAUGUGUUUAAAGAAUGUCCAUUCCAGUAUUUUCUAAAUUAAUUCAUAACGUUACAAAUGGUAAAGAUUGUGAUUCAUUUUUGCAGUAUAUUUGGUUAAGAUGAUGAUACAUACAUGCAUACACACAGGAAGGUUUUCUGCACCUGCAAUCAUUUUCCUAUAGUUUUUUAGCCCCAUACUUAAAGGGAUAUUUAUCAUUAACAGCUGACUAUGAUUGACCAAUAAGGCCCAAGGGGGUGUGGUAUACCGUGUCUAAGGGCUGUUCUUAUGCAUGAUGCAACGCGGAGUGCCUGGACACAGUCCUUAGCUGUGGUAUAUUGGCCAUAUACCACAAGCCCCCAAGGUGCCUUAUUGCUAUUAUAAACUGGUUACCUACAUAAUUAGAGCAGUAAAAACAAAUGUUUUGUCAUACCCGUGGCAUACAGUGUGAUAUCCCACGGCUGUCAGCCAAUCAGCAUUCAGGGCUGGAACCACCCAGGUUAUAAGGUACAACAACAGUAGAAACAAUAGAACACGUGUUAUAGGGAGAUUCCAUUUAGAAGAUGAUCUUAUUGACACUCAACAACCGUCUUGCUGUACUGCGAUGCGAUGCGAAGCUACAGACAGAUGCAUAUACUAUACUAUAUAUUUAUACUAUAUAAAUACUAAUAGUUCUCUUAUGUGUGAAGAGAGUUGUCUUAAAAUGGAUUGUACAAACCUGUUUUGCAACUUGCACGCAGCCUGUACAUUGAACACCUUAUUGCCUAUACAUAAGCUAAAUCAUGUGUGUAGUAAUGUCUAAACCCUUUUCAUGAAUAAUGGAAGUCUAGUGACUGUCCCUCCAAAACGUUUUAGGCCGGUUUCCCUGGACUAUAAAUAAUGGUCAAUGGAGAACCUUCAUUUAGAAAAUAGCAUUUUAGUUCAGUAUUUAGCUUAAUCUGUGUCCGGGGAAAACCGUCCCUUUCGAAUACAACUAUUGCACAGUAGCCUCAUACCAAAUGAUCUGCAUGUCUAUCUGCUACUAUAUUUGAAUGAUUGUUUUAGUCAGCCUUCUGUUGCUAUGACCAUAGCCCCACACUACAGACAUUCCAUGAGUUGGUCUUAAAUCUAUGCAUCACAUUCCAUGUUCCACAUAGAACUCUAUGUACUGUACAUUUCCCUAGUUUAAUAUACUAUUUUGCACUUAAAUAUAGCCGUGUUCCAAACUAUUUCCCAUUCAAUCUUUUUUUUUUUUUUUAUGUACCCAAAACUUAUAAUGGUAUGUAUUGUUAAGUUUGAAUGAUGACAUAUUUAGAUGGGGUUUUGUUUCAAAUAAACAAACUCAUAACCUAAA